UCGCCGACUAAGCAGAAGAAAGAUCAAAAAACGAAAAAGAGAAGAGCAAACAGGCACUUUGAAGAACAAUCCCCUCUUCUCCAAGCCAACAGCGCUCUAAGAAUCCAAAUUCACUGCCUCCUGAAGACAAAGGCGCCCCGAGGGAGAGUCGGCGCGACCCCAGGGCGUGGGCCCCGCUGCGGAGCCCGAACGGCUCAGCUGCCCCGACGGCCGCAGACCAUGUCUCCCUCCCCACGACCUGCUCGCAGGCUGCUCCUCCCCCUGUUCACGCUCGGCACCGCGCUAGCCUCCAUCGGCUCGGCCCAAAGCAGCAGCUUCAGCCCCGAAGGCUGGCUGCAGCAGUAUGGCUACCUGCCCCCUGGGGACCUGCGUACUCACACACAGCGCUCACCCCAGUCACUCUCAGCUGCCAUCGCUGCCAUGCAGAGGUUCUAUGGUUUGCGAGUGACAGGCAAGGCCGAUGCAGACACCAUGAAGGCCAUGCGGCGCCCCCGCUGUGGUGUUCCAGACAAGUUUGGGGCUGAGAUCAAGGCCAAUGUCCGAAGGAAGCGCUAUGCCAUCCAGGGCCUCAAAUGGCAACAUAAUGAGAUUACUUUCUGCAUCCAGAAUUACACCCCCAAGGUGGGCGAGUAUGCCACAUUCGAGGCCAUUCGCAAGGCAUUCCGCGUGUGGGAGAGUGCCACACCGCUGCGCUUCCGCGAGGUGCCCUAUGCCUACAUCCGUGAGGGCCAUGAGAAGCAGGCCGACAUCAUGAUCUUCUUUGCCGAGGGCUUCCAUGGCGACAGCACACCCUUCGAUGGCGAGGGCGGCUUCCUGGCCCACGCCUACUUCCCGGGCCCCAACAUUGGAGGGGACACCCACUUUGACUCUGCCGAGCCCUGGACUGUCCGGAAUGAGGAUCUCAAUGGGAAUGACAUCUUCCUGGUGGCUGUGCAUGAGCUGGGCCAUGCCCUGGGCCUUGAGCAUUCCAAUGACCCCUCAGCCAUCAUGGCACCCUUUUACCAGUGGAUGGACACAGAGAACUUUGUGCUGCCCGAUGAUGACCGCCGGGGCAUCCAGCAGCUUUAUGGUAGUAAGUCAGGGUCCCCUACCAAGAUGCCCCCUCAACCGAGGACAACCUCCCGGCCCUCUGUCCCUGAUAAGCCCAAAAAUCCCACUUACGGACCCAACAUCUGUGACGGGAACUUUGACACUGUGGCCGUGCUCCGAGGGGAGAUGUUUGUCUUCAAGGAGCGUUGGUUUUGGCGGGUGAGGAAUAACCAAGUAAUGGAUGGUUACCCAAUGCCCAUUGGCCAGUUCUGGCGGGGCUUGCCUGCAUCUGUCAACACUGCCUAUGAGAGGAAGGAUGGCAAGUUUGUCUUUUUCAGAGGAGACAAGCAUUGGGUGUUUGACGAAGCUUCCCUGGAACCUGGCUACCCCAAGCACAUUAAGGAGUUGGGCCGAGGACUGCCUACCGACAAAAUCGAUGCCGCUCUCUUCUGGAUGCCCAACGGAAAGACCUACUUCUUCCGGGGAAACAAGUACUACCGUUUCAACGAGGAGCUCAGGGCAGUGGACAGCGAGUACCCCAAAAACAUCAAAGUCUGGGAAGGAAUUCCUGAGUCACCCAGGGGGUCAUUCAUGGGCAGCGAUGAAGUCUUCACUUAUUUCUACAAGGGGAACAAAUACUGGAAAUUCAACAACCAGAAGCUAAAGGUGGAGCCGGGCUACCCCAAGUCAGCCCUGCGGGACUGGAUGGGCUGCCCGUCGUCUGGGAGCCGGCCGGAUGAGGGGACUGAGGAGGAGACGGAAGUGAUCAUCAUCGAGGUGGACGAGGAGGGCAGUGGAGCAGUAAGCGCGGCCGCUGUGGUGCUGCCUGUGCUGCUGCUGCUUCUGGUGCUGGCAGUGGGCCUUGCCGUCUUCUUCUUCAGACGCCAUGGGACCCCCAAGCAACUGCUGUAUUGCCAGCGCUCCCUGCUGGACAAGGUCUGA